CAGCAACUGUAAUGGGAAACUUUUUGUCCUUUGGAAUCUUACCACUUGUUUAAUUGAUUGAACUGAUUGUAUUUAUCUGUUCUUUCUUACUAUUUUAUACAAGGUUUUGAAUAUUUUGUGGACUGUGCUAUUGUAUUUAAUAUAGUGACUUCGAUUUGAAGUUGUUUUCUCAUCAAAACAUGUCUUUAAGAAUACUUGUUGGUUGCAAACGUGUUAUUGACUAUGCUGUCAAGAUCAGAGUCAAACCAGACAAAACUGGAGUUGUUACUGAUGGAGUCAAGCAUAGUUUAAAUCCAUUUGAUGAAAUUGCUGUCGAAGAAGCCGUUCGAAUGAAGGAAGCUAAAGCAGCGGCUGAGAUUAUCGCUGUAUCCUGUGGGCCUCAGACAAGUCAAGAAACUUUAAGGACAGCUCUUGCUAUGGGAGCUGACAGAGCUAUCCAUGUCGAUAUUGAUGCAGCAGCAUACUCAAAUCUUCAACCAAUCCAUGUUUCAAAGAUAUUAGCUAAAUUAGCUCAAGAUGAGAAGAUUGAUUUAAUCAUUUUGGGAAAGCAAGCCAUCGACGAUGACGCUAAUCAAACUGCUCAGAUGACCGCCGCUAUGUUGAACUGGCCUCAAGCUACUUUUGUAUCUAAAGUUGAAAAAGAAGAUGGAAGUCUUAAGAUUGUACGAGAAAUUGAUGGAGGUUUGGAGACCAUCAAAGUUAAAUUACCUGCUGUACUCAGUGUUGAUUUAAGGUUAAAUGAACCUAGAUAUGCUACUCUCCCUAAUAUCAUGAAAGCAAAGAAGAAACCAAUCGAGAAAAAAACACCGGCUGAUCUAGGAGUCGACAUUACACCUCGUAUUGAAGUCUUAUCUGUUGAAGAACCUCCAGUUCGUGAAGCAGGUUCAAAGGUCAAAGAUGUCGAUGAACUAUUAGGAAAAUUGAAAGAACUUGGACGCAUUUAAUCUGUGACUUCCAAAUCAUGUAAUCUUGGGACCAAAAUCAACAUCAAUAUAAAACUAUUAGUUAAUUGGAUUUUCACAUGCACUCUUUCGUGUAUUGCCAUAGGUUGUUGCCUUUUUGUAAAUCAAUAGUUAAAUUAGCUAAAUAUACUGAAUUUAUACGAAAAAAAUUAAUAUAAAGAGAUUAACUUUACUCAACAAAAAGAAUCAUUG